GGCGCUGAGCAGGGCGGCCCCGGGGCCUGGGCCCUCCCGGCCCCCCGGCCCUCCCGGCAUGGCCUUCCCGCAGCUCGGCUACCAGUACAUGCGGUCCGUCUAUGCCCCCGAGCGCCCGGCCGGGGGCAGCGGGGGCGCCGGGGGCGCCGGGGGCAGCGGGGGAGGCACCGGGGGGGGCACCAGCGGGGGCCCGGGCGCGGCGGGCGAGGCGUCGGCCCCCGGGGGUCUGUCCAGCGUGCUGUCCUCCUUCUACGGGGUCGGGCCUCCCUACGCCGCCGCAGCCGCCGCCGCCGCCGCCGCCGCCGCCGCCCAGGGCUACCGGGCCUUCCUGCCCUACGCCGCAGACCUGCCCCUCUUCCCCCAGCUGGGCGCCCAGUACGAGCUGAAGGAGAGUCCGGGGGUCCAGCACCCGGCCUCGGCGCCCAGCUUCCCGCCCCCGCCUCCGGCCUUCUACCCCUACAACCAGUAUCAGUUCGGGGACCCGGCCCGGCCCAAAAACGCCACCCGCGAGAGCACGGCCACGCUGAAGGCCUGGCUGCAGGAGCACCGCAAGAACCCCUACCCCACCAAGGGCGAGAAGAUCAUGCUGGCCAUCAUCACCAAGAUGACCCUCACCCAGGUGUCCACCUGGUUCGCCAACGCCCGGCGGCGGCUGAAGAAGGAGAACAAGAUGACCUGGGCGCCGCGGAGCCGGACCGACGAAGAAGGCAACGCCUAUGGCAGCGAGCGGGAGGAGGAGGAGGAAGAAGAGGACGACGAGGACGACGACAAGCGGGACCUGGACCUUGACCUGGACGACGACGAGGAGGAGGAGGAGGAGGAGGAGUUGAGGAGGGUGGUGGUGGAGGACGACGAAGGGGCGGCGGGCCGGGGUCGCCCCCAGGACCCCCCGGAGGACGAGGAGGAGAUCGAUUUGGAGAACUUAGACGGGGCGGGCGCCGGGCCCGAGCCGCCCCGGGACUUGGGGCGGGCCCAGAGGCGGGGCCCCGGCUCGGACUGCGGGAGCAGCGACUCGGACGGGUCCGAGGGCCUGGAGGAAGGACCGCCGCCCCCUCCCCCGGCCGCAGGACCGGCCCUGGCCUCCCCCCCGACGGGCCCGGCCCGGCCCCGCGCCCCGGCCCCGGCCCCGGCCCCGGCCCCGAGGAAGCCCAAGAUCUGGUCCCUGGCGGAGACGGCCACCAGCCCGGACACCCCCCGGCGCUCCCCGCCCGGGGUGGCGGCGGCGGGCCCCCCGUCGGGGCUGCGGCUCGGCCCGGCCCCCAGACUCCUCUCCGGCCCCUUGGCCAAGUUCCCCGCUUGGGCCUCCCGGGCUUUCCCGGCCCCUCCGCCCGGCCCCGGCCCCGGCCCGACCCCGCUCGCCCUCCUCAGCGCGGCGCCCCCGCCCCCUCUGGGCCUGCCCGGACCCGCCGCAGGACUCGAACCCGGACCCGCCUUCGCCCGCCCCGCCGAACCCGAGGCUGGAACAGAGAUUUCUCGCGCCUUGGACGUGGAGACCAAGUGGCUGAAGACGAGGACGGCUUUCCAGCCUGUGGCCAGGAGACCCCAGAACCUCCUGGACGCUGCUCUGGCUUCGCCGCCCCUCUCCUCCUCCUAGCCCUUCCCUCCGUUAGACCGAUGUAAAAGCCCCCCGCGCCGUCCGCAUGCCCGUGUCCGGAAAAACCCACAAAACAAAACGAAAAGCCCCUUCCUCAUCACAGCCCCUCCCUCCCUCCCUCCGACUCCCGGAUCCAAACCGCUUCUGUCCUCUCCCCUGGAUUAUCCGAGUGCGGAAGGUCUUGGGGAAAAUUCCGUGAGAAUUAGAUGUGUCGGAUAUUUUUUUUUUGUAUAUACAGUUAAAAAAAAAUGUACAUACGUGUGAACCAAAUUGUACAAGAAAGUAUCUAUUUUUGGCUAAAUAAAUGAACAGUUGCCACUUUGA